GCCCCGCCCGGGAAAGGUGCGGGCUGGAGCGCGCGGGAGCGCCGGCACCGUCGGGUCGGGACUGGACGGCACGGCACGGCACGGCACCGCUUGGCGGGAUGCGCCGCCCCGGGCUGCUGCCGCUGAGGGGCGCGGCCAUGGGCCGGGGGGCGGGCGCGGCGAUGCUGCUCCUGGCGCUGGGGUACCUGGCCCGGCCACUGGCUUCGGAAAGGACGUGUGAAAACAUCUACCGAGGCUUCUCGGACUGCAUCUUAAAGCUGGGGGAACGCAUGGCUGCCUACAGCGACCGGGACGGGGACCGGGACGAGGGGCAGGGGCUGCACACUGUCUGUGGGUACUGGGAGGAAUUUCACACGUGUGCUAUGACAGCCCUCUGGGAUUGCCAGAAGGAGGCAGCCUCUAUCUGGGAGAUGUUGAAAAAAGAGUCUAGAAAAAUCAAAUUCCAAGGCAGCUUAUUUGAUCUCUGCAGCCCCAGUGGCUCCAGGAGCUUCAGCUUGACAAACAUUUCCAAUUUGUCUGUCUUAAGCAUCUCUCUGAUGGUCAUUUGGCUUAAUUUAUAAACGGAGUGGCUCUGUAAGUACCAGCACUGAGAGGGAUCAUCACUGUGUGUUGUAAGUGUCUCACAGAUCAUAAGUGUAAUACUUCCAAACCUUAGAGAAAUAUUGUGUACGGUACCUGGUGGCCACUUGGUUUUCUUAUCCCAUGUGUGAGCCUCAGAAGAUCUUGGCUGCAUCCCCUCAGUUUUACUAUCUCUGUGUAACUUAAGUGAAUCAAAAACACUUUGCUCUGACUAGUUUUCAUCCACCCGAAGGUGCACGUGCGUCUUAGCUGAUAAGAUGAGAACUCUGGGCCUGCAGACUGGAGGCCAAAAGAUUGGGGGAGAAGUGGAUUAACCCUGGAUUCUUCUACAGUAGUCUUUCCGUGCAUUUUCUGGAAGUAAAUCUAUCUGUUCUGCCAGACCAUGCCUUUGAUGAUGAUGGGUGGGAGAAAGCAAAUCUGAGGUGCAAAGGAAAUAUCUGACCCUGAUACAGGUAGGAAGGACUCCUGGUCAUUUUCAGUGGUGGACUCUGCUGUUCUGGGGCUGGUGAAAGCUGCUCUGUGGAAUAAUCACAGGUAGGGGUCUGUUUCUGUGGGGUGGGCUGGCUUAGUGCAAAGUGAGAUUUCUAAUAUUCCUUUCGCUUUAAACAUUUCCUGAAAGAUUCCUGAGCAACAUCGAGGCAACAGCCUGUAAUUCAAGAAUAUUAAACAGCUUCUUCUUGUGUUGUGUACCUGUCAAGUUGACGUCAUUUGUCCUGGUCUUCUGACUGAUAGCACAGUCACUCUACAUCUCUUCCCGUAGCCCAGAGUUGUUCAUCCCACAGCUUCAGUGCUGCCAUAAAAUAUAAUGGUAAAAUGUCCUGGGAGACUUGCAAGUGACUUCAGAGAAUCAUAGAAAAGUAGAGUUGAAAGGGACGCUAGGAAGCCACCUAGUCCAGUCCCCAACUUCAGGAUAUAUUGAAAACUUCAGUGGUAUUUGUUAGUGACCUAACUGGUAGGGCUGUGCAAAAUAUCGCCACCAGUUUUGUUUUGAUGCUGUUUCAACCUGUUUCGAGGUUGAGACAGCAACAUUGAAAUGAAACAGAUAUGGUCAAAACAGCCUCAAAACAAAACGAGGUAAGUCGAAACAUUUCGCCGUUUUAUUGCCGUUUCAAUGU